AUGAAAGAUUUAGGUUUUCUUAGUUACUUCCUCGACUUGGAAAUUUCUCAUGAUUUUUCUGGUUACUUUCUCAUCCAAGCCAAGUAUACCUCUGAUCUCUUAACUCGUGCUAGUCUUACCGAUUACAAGACUGCUCCUACCCCAAUUGAUCCUCAGACUUGUCUCACACCUCUUGACGGUCACUUGUUGUCUGAUGCUAUCUUAUAUCGUCAGCUAGUUGGCAGUCUUGUUUAUCUCACAGUUACUCGUCCAGACAUUGCCUAUGAUGUUUACAUUGUCAGUCAGUUCAUGGAUGCUCCUCGCUCUCCGCACUAUGAUGCUGUGGUUCACAUUUUGCGCUAUCUUAAAGGAACUAUGUUUCAUGGUCUUCACUACUCCGCACACUCAUGUCUACAGUUACAUGUAUUUUCUGAUGCAGAUUGGGUAGGGGAUCCUAUUGAUCGCCGUUCUACUACAGGAUUUUGUUUCUUCUUGGGUGACUCUUUUAUUGCCUAG